AUAUCCUAGUAAGCAUGAAUUAUAUUUACAUGAUCAAUAUUUUAAAUACAUGCAUUUCUUUUUCGAAUAAUGUCUAUAAAUAAAGAGCGUUACACGCUAAUCUAAACUACUCAAACACAACACAAGUCUUUCGUGAUGAUGAUGGGAGAUACGAUGGGAACAUUUGGUUCAAGCAUGGCAAGUUUGUUCUUCUUCUGGGCAACUUUUCAACAAAUAUUCCCUGAACACCUCAAGAUCGCAAUCAAGGAGUUCCUUUUGUCUACAAUCCAACAACUCUCAUUUGUCCAAAGAUUCUCCGACCAAAUCAUCAACUUCUUCUCUCCUUACAUUGUCAUCAGUUUCCCAGAGUACGAAGAGUACCGUUUCAACCACGCUUUCGCGGCCAUCGACACUUACCUUGGCGCCAAAGCAAUUGGUAAAGCUCAUAAGAUUAGGGCAAGUCAGGUUAAACAGAGCAAAGGUCUAGUCUUAAAACGUGAUGAGGCUAAAGUUAGAGACGUGUACCAAGGAGUUAACGUCUGGUGGGAGAUUGUGACUGCUGCUGAUGGAGACAGAACUCACAAGCUCACUUUCCACAGACGUGGAUUGGAGAUUGUGACCGGAUCUUACAUCAAGUAUGUGAUGGAAGAAGGAAAAUCAAUCGAGGCCAGGAACAAGAAGAUGAAGCUGUUCACUAAUAACCCUAGUUUGAAUUGGGAUACAAGCAAGAAGAGCUUGUGGAGACACAUUGAUUUUGAGCACCCGGCGAGUUUUCAGACACUGGCUAUGGAUCCCGUCAAGAAAGAAGACAUUUUGAACGAUCUUGAGGCGUUCAGCAAUGGAAAAGAGUAUUACAAGAAGAUUGGGAAAGCUUGGAAAAGGGGUUACCUAUUAUAUGGACCACCAGGGACUGGUAAGUCCACGAUGAUCGCGGCUAUGGCGAAUCAUUUGAACUAUAACAUCUAUGAUCUCGAGCUCACGGCUAUUCAGAACAACUCGGAGUUGAGGAAACUUCUCACCGCAACAUCGAGCAGGUCGAUUAUUGUGAUCGAAGAUAUUGAUUGUUCUGUAGACCUAACGGGCAAGAGAGGGAAGAGAGAUGGUGAUUUGAGCGUCAAGAAAGAUGGCGAACAAGGAAAAGAAGAUCAAAACCAGAGCAGAGUCACACUCUCUGGUCUUUUGAACUUCAUAGAUGGGAUAUGGUCGGCUUGCGGACAAGAGAGGAUCAUCGUUUUCACGACCAAUCAUAUUGAGAAACUAGACCCGGCUUUGAUCAGGAGAGGAAGAAUGGAUAUGCACAUUGAGCUGUCUUAUUGUAGCUUUGAGGCGUUCAAGGUUCUUGCCAAGAACUACUUGGAUCUUGAUUCUCAUCCUCUGUUUGGUGAAAUCCAGUCUUUGCUGAAGGAAACAAAGAUCGCUCCGGCUGAUGUCGCAGAGAAACUGAUGGCCAAGAAUCACAAACUAGAUGUCAACGGAUCCUUGAAAGACUUGGUCCAGAGUUUGGAGAAGAGGAAGAAGCACCAGAGAGAUCACGGUGAUGAUCACAAGAAGAAGCUAAGUGGCAAGAAACUCAGAAUAUUUCGAUAUUUGUUUUAGGAUAAUGUCUGAUUAUAUCUUUUUUCUUUUGAAUACUUUUUUUUUCUUUUUUUGUCCUUUUUAACCUGUGUGAAUGUGAUAUAUUAGUGU